AACCGCUAUUCUCUUAGUGAGUUGUCUGAGUAAUAACAUGCAUUGUGUUACAAUCUAUCUCAAAAUCAAGUGCUGCAUGUAAAAAGAUCUUCUGUCAACACACCUACACAAAACAGACCGGGAAACGUAUAGCGUGAUUCGGAUACGCAUCAAUGAUCACAUGUUAUAUAUAGAAAAUUAUUCGGGACAGGGUAUUCAUGACUUAAAAUCAGACCAGGAAGUGAAUUUAUUCAUUUAAUAUCUAAUACAAAAUGUAUAUGUUGAAAUAAGGCAUAGGGGGUGGAAGAGAGGAUUCGGAAUAACCCCGAUACAAGGAAGCACUGGGCAGGUGGGAAUGCAGUUAUGAUGAGUGAGGACCAUUCUAAUAUCUCUGUCAUUUCAAUGUUUGGCCUUUUACUAGUACUGUUUUCAUCGACAGGAGCGGUAAGAUUAUCAGGAUCUUCUGACUAUGCUGUCCCUGGGAGUCCUUUUAAUUUAAUAUGUGACGUUCCAGAUGUAGCUGAAAAUGUCACAUUUUAUAGAAGUCCUGAUCGGGUUGUCGGCAGUGUUAAAGUGUUGAAUGCGUCGUGCUACUAUUACAAUGAAACCAGUGACAUUCCUUGUGGCGAAUCUUUCUGUGAAUGUCUGCCUUCAGGAGAUGGCGUUGGCAGAAAAUUCAACUGGACGAUCAGACCAACAGCGCAGGAUCAUUCUUCAUCUUGGUUUUGUGUUCGAUACAAUCCAUGGAGGAUCGACGAAACAUUGAACAGCCCGGACUACAUUCUUCAAAUAGCGAAAAGUCCAGAUGGAGAUAUAUCCCUGAACCCUCCGAGUACCAACUACAACAAAAAAGAGGGCGAAAUAUUACCGGAUAUCACAUGUAUAGCUGACUGUAGACCUGGCUGUAAAUUUGUCUGGACAAAGCCGGACUACACAAACUUCACUUCAUCUGUAUUGUCACUGAGUCAACUUAACAGAACGGAACAAGGGACAUACAGGUGUACAGCAAGGAAUACAUACGGAACAAACUCGAUCACAGUCAUGGUGAUAGUUAAUUACGGUCCAGGCGAAUCUGUUGCUCUAAGCCCGCCGACUAGCGUGUACAUCAGAAAUGAGGGUGUCACCUUACCGGAUAUCAACUGCAUAGCUGACUGUAGACCUAGCUGUACAUUUUUCUGGACAAAGCCGGAUAAAAUCAUCUUCGUUGCCUCAUCUUCAUCUGUGUUGUCACUCGGACAACUGGAUAGGUCAGAACACGGGCGUUACAGGUGUAAUGCAAGGAAUGAAGUCAGCAAUACCACACGAGAAAUCAACGUUACAGUACAAUAUCCCCCACAUAUUCUGAGUCUCUCGUACGACCAAGGUAAUGCUAACGUGAAAGAGAAUGAGGCGAAAUCAAUGUCUUGUGCAGUAGACAGUUACCCAUCCUCCACUAUCACGUGGUACUUCAAUAAUAUAACCUUAUUGACCACCUUUGACGUUAUGGAGAGUACCUACAUCCUCGCUAAUGCUGGCUGUCAAGACACAGGAAUCUACACCUGCUCUGCAAGAAACAGUGCAUCAAAUGCACCAUAUACUAUGGAUAUAUAUAUUAAUGUCUUGUGUAAACCGAGGAUUGAUACUAGAGUAAACACAGUUUUUACGAUCGGAAUCGGUUUAUCAAGGGACCUGGUUCUAACUGCAUCUUACCUGUCAAACCCGGAACCAACAUUCACCUGGCUGUUUCACAUGGCGGCUAAAACUGAAGACCUCGUGCACGGGAAAGAACGUGUUUCCAUACGUAGCACAUAUCAUGCCACUGAUCUGGCUGCUGUCUCUACUCUAACGAGAUCAAGAAUGGAGGAGAGGUGGUUCGGGAUUUACAUCGUAACCGUUACCAAUGACCAAGGCAGUGAUACAGUGGUGUACACAGUGACUGCAGCCGAUAAACCCAACCCUCCCGUCCAAGGCAAAGCUGACUGUCCUUUCGCCAACAGAGCCCUUUUGAGUUGGAUCUCAGAUUUCAAUGGCGGUUCAGAGCAAAAAUUCGUUGUGGGGAUGAAGGGCGAUCAAGAGGACACUUAUGUCAUCAACACAAAUACAAAAUACGAUGAUCCAGGACGUGGUAAACGUAUCGACGCAGAACUUUCUGAUCUAUUGCCGGAUAGACUGUAUUUUUUCAGCGUCAUUGCAAUUAAUGAACAUGGCAAUUCAAGUCUCGUGAAUGAAGUGAAUUGUACGACUAAAGCAAUUCCAGUGGUUGAGGGUUCUAACACAGCGGGGAUCGUCGUUGGAGUGGUGGUUUCCAUUUUAAUCAUUGCUGCACUCUCUAUCGCGGUCGUCAUAUUCAGGAGGAAGAUGUUUACAUAUUGCAAGAAAGGUAAAAAACAUGAUGAUACGCAAAUGACAAGUCCUAGAAAUGGUUUAGAUCCAGAACAACUUUACCAGAAUCAAGUGGUUGAUGAAGCCGAAGCAAUCCAAGUCAGUGAAGGAAAUAGGAUCAGCACCUACGAGUCAUUGCAAGCACAUGUCAACCCUGAUAUCUACGAUGAUUUGCACGCCUCUCCAGACAAACAGACAGGACCUGCAACAGGAGAAGGAGACCCUAAAGCAACUAAAAAGGACCUCAAAAUGUCGAACCAAUACGAGAACGUGAAAUAUUCCGAAUCUGAGCCAACCUAUAUCAAUGCCGUCAAAAAGAAGAAGCACAAAAAGAAAAACAAAAGUUGAACAUAACAUGGAAGAAUUGAAAAUACCACUUCUUUGUGAGGAGGGUUGAGAGUUCACUGUUUGCAUCACACAGGAGUGGUUGAUUGUUAUUUGAAUAAGCUGUAAUGGCGAACCCAAUGCAUGGCUCAAUCUUAGGUGACAAAAUGGAUGACGUUACCUUGUAAUACUACAUAAAUUGGUGACGCGAUUGUGACGUUUCAGAAUAACUGCGUGUAAAACAGGUUUGUCUUUUCCCUAGCAAAAUCGGGAAUUCGCCUAUGAAAUGUUGGAGAAAAAAUAUCAUUGUUGCAGUACAAAGAUAAAUGCAAAUAUAGCAAUGUGUUAUGAUGAUGUGAAUUAAUUAUAUUAAUCCAAAAGUGAAAUUAGUAUAAGUGUACAUUUAUAUAUAUAUGAACAGUCCUCAUUAUCGCUACAUCCUACUUCGCAAUAUUAUCAUUUGUAGAAAAACAUUUGAAUGGAUUAUUUUUCGUAAAAGAUUUUCGUGCUCAUCGAUUUGAUCCUGCUUCGUUUCUGCUGUUGUCUUAGUUUAAACGGUAUUUUAUUCAAUAAUCAGGCAAUGUUAUCAUUACACAUACAUGUAUAAUAUCAGAGGGAUUGGAAUACAAGUUUGGAGUGUAUUAAUAUUUUU